AUGACAUCGGAUACCUUAUUCACAGCAAUAGCUCGCCGUGAUCCGUCAAAGAGGCAGAUAAAACCCGUUAAUACAGACCAUCUCGCUUUGCUUGAUGAUCUAGACGAUGACAGCGAUAGCGACCAUGUUUCUGAAGCUUCUGGUGCAAGUCAGCGUCCGCCGACCAAAUUUGCAAUAAAUUCACCUAACGUCGUGGAAAAUGUAAAAGAUUCAUGUGCAGUAGAGUCCUUUUGUGCAGUGCCAGAUGGUGGUCAAAAUUUGACUACUACUGAAAACGCAAAAUUAAAAGACAUCGAUAUAAUGAUUUGUAUGCUGUGUUUAGGAGAUAGCAUUGAUCCUAGCGAUGAGCUGAUUGAAUGCGAUGGAUGUGGUAUUGUUGUGCAUGAGGAUUGUUAUAAGUUGAUCGACUCAAUAUUUUUGUCCAGUGGUGCAAGCUCUUCAAGUACAGAUGCCUGGUUCUGUGAACCAUGCCUUGCGGGUCUCACAUCCCCGGUUUGUGAGUUAUGUCCGGUGUUGGAUGGUGUAUUUAAAAGAACGGAUAACAAUCGCUGGGUUCACUUACUGUGUGCAUUAUACACACCAGGAGUUGCAUUUAACGACCCGGAUAACUUAAUGGAUGUAACUCUUACCGAGUUGCCACAAAGGCAGUGGUCAUUACAUGAGUGUUCCCUGUGUGAAGAUCGCUUUUUUGCUUGGACUGGUGUUUGCAUAUCCUGUGAUGCUGGUCUGUGCCGCACUUUUUUCCAUGUAACUUGUGCUCAAAAGCAUGGUUUGUUGUCGGAGCCCACUGUUGAUGAGAGUUCAGCGGAUCCAUUUUUCGCACACUGUCGUCAGCAUACUGAUAAGACAGUCGCCCGACACCGUCGACGUAAUUUCUUAACAGCAAUGCUCAGGUUAAAGAAGUGGCGCUCAAACAGACAGCUGGCUUUGAGUUGUCUAGAUGAAAAUAAGUUAAAUAUUUCUUGUUUGAGAAAUUCAUCUACAAUAGACCCUCGUAUUCAACGUAAACUCGAGCAUUACCGUGAACUGUACAGAGACCUUUUGCGGCAUCGUGGAAAACCGUAUGUGCCACUUGUGAAAACACCAAUGUUUUUGGAAACCUCCCCUGUUGCAAUGAGAAUGUUUGUAUUGAAAGCCAAAGCUCUCAAUUUACCUAUUGAACUAUCAAAUCCUAUGUCUAACGCGGAUUCAUCAAAAGGUUCAACGCCUAGUUAUCCUGUUUUCACUCCAGAUUUUGUAUCGUAUUUCUUAGAACGUGAAAGAAAAAUUAACGAAGUUUCAAAACACAUCGCAACUUUACAAAAUACGCAACGUGAACUACAAAUAUCAGAUGCUAGUGCUUCACAUAGUUACAAUUCGGUAUCAACGGAGUUGGAAAAAUUAAACACUAGCCGUGGGAAUUUACGUAUGAAAUUUGUCCAUAUCUUAAACUCUCUACGCAGUUUAAUUCCGGAACUGAAAUGUUCAUCGGAAUUAGAGACUAUCCUAGCGGAACCUCGCCGCCUUCCAGAAACGGCUAGUUUUGACCUGAACUCGUCAUCUAAUCCAGUAGACUCCAGUAAGACCAGUAGAUUUGGAUCUUCGGCAGUUAUUGCCGCUUCAAAGCGUAGAAGCAAUCGUUCAUCUCCCCCAUCUAAAUUGCGAAAAGUUUCGAAAUCCGAAGCAGUUGGUCAAAAUGUUAAGUCAGUAAAGAGUCCAAAUGCUUCACACCCUGAAAAGUCUUCAAGUAAUCUCACAUUCGAGUCAGAAAAUGUAAUAUUAGAGUGUAUGAUAUGUCAUGGACUUCAAGAUCAGCAUUUAAUUACAAGUUGUGAUACUUGUGGAAAGGCAUUUCAUUUGGCGUGUCUUGAUCCUCCAUUACUACGUAUGCCAAAGCGUAGUAAACUUUACGGUUGGCAGUGUUCAUUUUGUACGAAGGAGGUUUCCUCAGUCCCAGGAGCUGAGACAAUUGAUGUGAAUGCUCCACGUCAGCUUCGUCGUUCUAUUGGUAUACCAUCUGAUAAAACAGGUUGCAUCAAACCUUCAGAUAUCAAAUCAGAUGUUAAUCCAAGUCCCCAAGUUUCCGGUUCCCCAGUUACUUCUAGUGAAACCAAGCCAUCUAUUCGCAAACCUGUUUCGAAAACACUUCGUAGAAGUCGCUCAUUCGUAAGUUCAGCCCCUACUCAUCAGGGUAAUUUGGGAAAUUCUGGCAAAAAUCUUGGGAGGACGCCAAGUACCAUAACAAAAGCAAUGUCAGGCUUGUCCUCUAAACGAACAUCCAUGUCCGCCAAUAAACGAACAAAAAGAUGUAUUUCAUCUCAGUCACCUUUAGAAAAAGAUGUAAAAAUUAAUAUUGGUUGUAAAGUUUCUACUAGCCCUUCAGUAGUGAUGACCCAUGUUUGCAGUGCUGAUUUUGACCAGUUUAAAUUCACCGAUGAAACUGAGGAUGGACCUACCAUUCACGUUGGUGGUAGCUUGAAGAGUAAAUGUGAAUCUGAUGAAGAGAUAGCUAAGUUACGUACAUCGAAAGUUAUAAAAUUCGUGCAAAUUCGAGAUCAUGAAAGUAAUGGUGAAUCUGAAGCUGUUGAACGAAUUGCUCCUCUUCAGCAGCGUUAUGUUAUUUGUCAAGAAGGAAGCCCUCAUCCUAAAAGGUCUACUGCUGGCAAAUUUAGGCUAAAAUUUAAAAAACUUUAA